UUUUGCCCYCUCUUCUGCCUGCUCUCCUACUGCGAUACGAGGGGUCUCUGCUGUUUCAACUCAAAAUUACCCGCAAAAGUUUUGAGCAGCUYAAUAUCUGCCGUGUUAACUGCAAAGAAAAUGACUACGAGGGCAGAACGCUAUCAAAAGUUCUUUCAAACAAUCAUUAAUCUGCGGUCAAUACCUGUAGUUKUUGUCUACUUGAUUUUGAUACCUGCUUCAUUGCUAUGGAAACGUCUUGUGCCUGCCCUUGGCCUAAGAAAGGUCAUGGUAGUUUACAAUUUCCUGUGUAGUGGACUCAGUGCGUAYGCGGUGUUUAUCAUUGGCAAGUACUUUGUACAGAAUGAUGCAGAUUCRUUCUUUAAAAUGGAGAAUAGUUCAGUCAUCAAGCAUGCUAUGUUCGUUUAUUGGGUCACCAAGAACCUUGAAUUGUUGGAUACAGUAUUCAUGAUUUUAAGGCACAAACAGAGACAGAUAUCAUUUCUUCAUGUUUACCACCACUCAAGCAUUCUACUACUUGCAGACUUGAGCUACCAUAUUUAUCCCUGGCCUCCAGCAGGAUUCAUGCUGGGAAUGAACUCAUUUGUUCAUGUCUUUUUGUACAUCUACUAUGGUCAGUCUGCACUUUUCCAAAGCCAGCGGCCAUCUUGGAAGAAGCGAAUGACMGAGCUUCAAAUCUUGCAGUUUUUUAUAGGUUUGGUUUACUGCACAUAUGGGCACAUGUAUUAUGGUUUUUGUGUUUAUGGUAUUUUUUAUGGGUUUAGUAUGGUUGUGUUGUUUGGUAAUUUUUAUUAUCAAGCAUAUGUUAGAGUGAAACCAGAGCAGAAAAAGCAAGAAUAAGGUUGUUGGGAGUCUUCUUUGAGCCAUUUUAAUGAAGCCAACCCUCAAAAUAGCUAAAGAAGACACCAUUUCAUCUGUGCUGCACUGAAGUAUGUUUGGUCACAUACUAUGAACUGUAUUUCAUUAAAUGCAUAACACAUACAUAUACUCCUUCAUAAACUACUCGACAUGUAAUCAAUGACCUAUAAGCUAUACACUAUGAUAUAAUAUAAAAUGUAAUGAGAGGGUAAGAGUUGUGUAAACUUUAUGGUAUAAUUUAAAUUAUCUGUGAGUGGAACAUAAUCAGAUAUAAAUCAAUAUAUAAUUUAAAGUGUAUUUUAUUCUUAUUAAAAUUUGUAACUAAGCUUUAAGUGAAUAAAAUGUUUUGAUUUUUA